AUGCUUGACAUUUCCUUGAGUACGGUCAGGAGACGAAUGCGCGAACAAGGACUUAGCUCCACUCAGCCAUUUGCGUCUCUUAGUGAUGAAGAAUUGGAUAGUAUAGUAAGUGAAAUAAAACUCAGUCAUCCACAAUGUGGUUAUCGAAUGAUGAUUGGGCAUUUAAGAUCUCGGGGGCUGAAAAUUCAGCAGGAUAGAGUGCGCACAUCCUUGCGCAGGGUUGACCCAGAAGGCACAACUGUGCGAUGGAUGGCUGCUAUUUACAGAAGAAAAUACUCUGUCAAGGGACCAAAUUCUCUGUGGCACAUAGAUGGCUACCACAAACUUAUUAGGUAAUAUAUAUACUUAUUAGGUAAUAGUAUCUGGUGGGGAGGGCGGGGGAUUGCACCUACCCCAAUACUGAUCCAGUACCCUAUAACUUUGAACCACAGAAAUACCAUUUCCUGCAUUCUGAGCAUCAUAUUUGUUCACAAAAUUUGCUCCCAACGACCCCUGACUUUAGGCUAAAUGCAACUUAAUUUAAUUAUUCCUUGUGUGGUACAUGCAUGGUUUAAAAUUUUAGUGGAUAAUAUACAUGUACUUCAAAACAAUUAAAAAUACAACAAACUAAAUCUUUAAAUUUAAAACUCUAAUAUUUUUGCUUUAUCAUGACAAAAUAGCACAACGCCCCUGCGCCCCUCUGGCCAGGGCUAGGGGGUGCACAACCCCGCCCCAGUAAAUCCGAGUAUUUUAUGAGUUUCUAAUACAAGAAAUGAGUAAAAUGCUCGGCAGGAUUAUGAUUUGCAUGCAUUUGGCGUUGUAAUUGGCAAAUUAUUUAAAAUGAAACAAGAACAAGUUGGAUGCUAAAUUAAGAACACUAAUUAAGCUCCAGCACUCUCCCCUUGACAAGUAAAAUCGUCUGGCGUUAGACAGAGUGAAAUAAUCUGGCGUUAAACAAAGUAAAAUAAUAAAAUAGGGCAAAUAAGGGCACAUUGCAACACAAAUGGAUCUGAUUAGAUAAAAGUCGGAUUUUUGUUUUGUCUAAACGAGAGAAAACCUGUUUAGAUUAAGGCAAUACGACUUUUUACCGUGUAAUCUGCUCUCAGAAUUUUUGUUCUCAUGAAAAUAAAAUCAUGCUAUUGUCAUAUUAUAAAAAGGGUUAUUUAAUCGGUUUAACAGUCUAGAAUCAAUGCAAUUAAAUAGCUUAAUUAAUUCUCCAUCCUGGCAAUGCAUAUGUGAUAGCAGUAGUUUUAUUUAAAGUAGUGUUGAAUAACUUAUUAUUCCCUCCAAUUUUAGGUGGAAAAUGGUUAUCCACGGAGGAAUAGAUGGGUUUUCAAGAGUACCAGUGUAUUUAUCUUGUUCCAAUAAUAACCGUGCUGAUACAGUUUUCGAACUAUUUGAAGAAGCUGUCAAUUGCUGGGGGGCUUCCAUCGAGAAUUCGAUCAGACAAAGGUGGAGAAAAUGUCGAAGUUUCUAUGUUUAUGCUAACACACCCACAUCGAGGACCAGGAAGAGGUAG